AUGGUGCGGCCCAGUAACGCGGCGCCGCCGGAGCGGUCGUCGCCGCCGCCGGGAGAGAGGAGGCGGUCGUACAAGGGCGUGCGGCUGCGCAAGUGGGGCCGGUGGGUGUCGGAGAUCCGCCUGCCCAACAGCCGCGAGCGGAUAUGGCUCGGCUCCUACGACGCGCCGGAGAAGGCGGCGCGGGCCUUCGACGCGGCGUACCUCUGCCUCCGCGGGCCCGGCGGCGCGGGAGGGCUCAACUUCCCGGGCUCGCCGCCCGACGUCGGCCGCACCAGCGACCCGGAGGAGGUGUACGCGGUCGCAGUGUCCCACGCCAACCGGGCCGCCGCCGUCGACGCCGCGGCUCCGUGGGACGAUGCAACAGAGCAGCCGUCCGAGCCGCAUGACGGCGGCGCGCCAGUGCAUGCUGCGGCGGUGCCGCCGGCCCCGGCAGCAGCCCCGCUGCAGGUGCCCGCCCGGAGCUCCGACUGGGCGCAGCUGCUGAUGGCCGACCUGCCGCCGCUCUUCUCUCCAACUUAUGCGGAGAACCACGGGUACCUGCCGGUGUCGCCGACGGCGGCGGACGUCAACAUGGACGAAAUCGGAAGUGGCUCAUGCCCGGGGCUUUGGAGCUUCGAUCCUAGUGGGGCUCCCGUCACUGAUCAUGUUGACAUUUGA